GGGGCUGGAUUUGUCUGCACUCAGUAUUGUGCAGUGCUGGCGGCCGGGGUGAGUGCAGGGAGCGCAGUGUGUGGACAGCCAUGGCAGACUCUCCCCGGGAGCUGACACAGAACCCCCUGAAGAAGAUCUGGGUUCCGUAUAACAAUGGAUGUCCUGUUCAGCACAGCGACCAGAGGAGAGUAUGCAUGACCAAUUGUCCUACGGUCAUUGUGAUGGUCGGUCUCCCUGCACGUGGCAAAACGUACAUCUCCAAGAAACUGACCCGCUACUUGAACUGGAUUGGGGUACCAACCAAAGUGUUUAAUGUCGGGCAGUACCGUAGGGAUCUUGUGAAGAGUUUCAGUUCUUUUGAAUUUUUCCUUCCAAACAAUGAAGAGGGACAGAAGAUAAGGAAGCAGUGUGCCUUAUUGGCUUUAGAAGAUGUCAGGAAGUACCUCGUAGAGGAAGGAGGGCAUGUUGCUGUUUUUGAUGCAACAAACACAACAAGGGAGAGGCGAGAGACCAUUCUUAAAUUUGCUGAUCAGCAUGGAUUUAAGACGUUCUUUGUGGAGUCGGUAUGUGUUGACCCUGAAGUUAUUGCGGAGAAUAUUGUGCAAGUGAAGUUGGGCAGCCCAGACUAUUUAAACUGCACCAUUGAUGAAGCCACUGAGGAUUUCAUGAAGAGGAUAGAUUGUUACAAAAACUCCUACGAGAUGCUGGAUGAGAACUUUGACAAGGAAUUGUCCUAUAUUAAAAUCAUGGAUGUUGGCCGCAGAUAUCUAGUUAACCAUGUUAUGGAUCAUAUCCAAAGCAGGAUUGUAUACUACCUUAUGAAUAUCCAUGUGACUCCACGCUCCAUAUAUCUGUGCCGGCACGGGGAAAGUGAGCUUAAUAUUAAGGGAAAGAUUGGUGGAGAUUCUGGGCUCUCCAACCGAGGCAAAGAGUUUGCCAAAUGCUUGGCUAAAUACAUCCACGAACAAAAUAUCCAUGAUCUCAAAGUGUGGACAAGCCAGAUGAAGAGGACAAUACAGACAGCAGAGGCUCUGGGUGUACCAUAUGAACAGUGGAAAACUCUGAAUGAGAUUGAUGCUGGUGUAUGUGAGGAGAUGCGUUAUGAAGAAAUUCAAGAGUCCUAUCCUCUGGAGUUUGCCCUGCGGGACCAGGAUAAAUACAGAUACCGCUAUCCAAAAGGAGAGUCAUAUGAGGACUUGGUACAACGUCUUGAACCUGUGAUCAUGGAACUGGAGCGCCAGGAGAAUGUUCUAGUUAUUUGCCAUCAAGCUGUCAUGCGCUGCCUGCUGGCCUACUUCUUGGAUAAAAGUGCAGAUACGCUGCCUUACCUCCAGUGCCCCUUGCACACAGUCUUGAAACUUACUCCUAUAGCAUACGGUUGCAAUAUAGAAGAGAUUAAUCUGAACAUUGAUGCAGUAAACACACACAGGAAUAAACCAGAGAACGUAGACAUAUUCCGAUCACCUGAGGCAGCCCUGCUUACUGUACCUGACCUUCAUGGACCACCCAAACCUUGAAUGUUGAUGUACAUCGCACCAGUAAAGAAGCUCUUCAGACUGUUCCAAAUCAUCUUUAGCAGCAGAUGUGAUCCAUGUGUUCUUUUCCUCCAUUGCACUGCAGAUCCCUCUGGAAACUGAUGGGGUUACAAAAUGUGCGGCUCUAAUCAUCGGAACUCAUUUUAUAGUGAAAUCCAAUUGGGCUAAAAGUCUUAACUCCAGACUAACUUUUUUUUUUGUGUUUUUUUAUUUGACAGUCUGUCAAGUAUUGGGGGGGGG